GCAUAAAUACACACAGUCGGCCUCGCGGUUUGUGUGUCGCUGCAGUGUUUACGUAGCAACGUAAAAGCAUGUGCGGUACGAAUCUAACCUUUAAUAUCGCAUUCUUGCACUUGAUUGCAUGAGAUUUUGAAACGAGAUGUUGUGUAAAACGAUUCCGAAGUUAAAAUGCACUGCUCGUUUGGCUCAGUUUCGUUUUCUAACGAAGCCAGCGGGCAGGAGGAAAGAUAAUCCGGAAGUUAAGAUGCAAGCUUGGAAAAUACAUUCCUACGAUGGGCCGAGUGAAUUACAACUUACCAAUGUCAGUAUACCGAUUAUCCGGAGUCCUAAGGACGUUCUGGUGAAGGUCGAGGCUGCCAGUGUGAAUCCUAUCGACAUCGCAAUGACUAAUGGUUAUGGUGCGUCUCUACUGAACUUGAUGCGCAAAACAAAUUGUUCGAGAGCAUACGAUGAAUUAGAGUUACCUCUGACGUUGGGCAGAGACUUUGCAGGAGUGGUUGUGUCAAAGGGAUACAAUGUAGGGGACAAACUAGAGAUAGGUGAAGAAGUUUGGGGAGUAGUUCCACUGGACCAGCAAGGCUGUCAUGCAAAUUAUGUUGUAGUUAACAGCAACGUGGUGCGCUCACGUCCUCGAAGAUUGUCUAACACGGAGGCUGCGAGUAUUUUAUACGCCGGAUUGACUGCAUGGUCGGCACUGUGGUACACGGGAGGACUGUGUUACAAGACGUUGCUAGCUACGAGGAGGAGGCGCGUCCUGGUUAUGGGAGGUUCGGGAGGAGUUGGGACCAUAGCUAUACAACUUCUGAAAGCUUGGAACACACAUGUGAUUAGCACCUGCAGCGGUGACGCUGUGGAGACCCUGCAGAGUCUAGGCGCCGACGUCGUCAUCGAUUACAAGCAGGACGAUGCCGACAGACAAAUUAUCUCGGAGGGGCCGUACGAUAUAAUCUUGGAUUGCGCCAAACAGGGGCCUGAGCUGGUCAGGAAGAAGGGAUAUCCGUGUGAUACUUAUGUAACGUUGAACUCGCCGAUGUUGAGAAAUUUCGACCAAUAUGGGCUGAUCAUGGGAACGAUUCAGAAUCUCGGCGACAUUGCGAGGCUCAAUAUCCCGAUAGCGCAAAACAAGGGCUGCGUCAAGUGGGGAUUUUUCGUGCCGGAUCAGACGGGAAUGAACGUCCUACAAGGGCUCGUGGAAAGCGGGAGAAUAGUGCCUGUUAUUCAAGAAGUGUAUCCCUUCGAAGAUUUGCCGCUGGCGUUUGAGAGAGCGAAACAGGGCCAUUUGAGGGGCAAGUUAGUCAUCGACGUGAAAUCGGCGCGGGACGAUUAGGCUUUUAGCGUUAUUGUAACCUUACAGACGUAGAUAUAAGAAGUUCGAUUCGGCGUUGGCAAAAUUAAUGUCUAUUUUCUGGAAAAGUAUAUCUAUUUGCAAUAAACGGCUACAUCUGGGCAUC